AUGACAUCCGGAGUCGGACCGCGCGACCAAUUAGCACAUUUUGGUAUACCAUUGGUGAUGGACCUGCCAGUGGGUGAAAACUAUCAAAAUCAUCCAGGUGUUACACUGGAACUACUGUUGAAUGACAAAUACAAGGGCCUGUUCGGUGUCGGCUCUACCGUAUCAGUGGAACAACUACAAGAGUACUACACCCAUCAUACCGGACCACUAACCGAACACUACCGAUCACUGACCUAUCUGUACACCCGAAACAAUCCCGACGGACCUCACUAUCCUAACUCUAUAUUCGAAACCGGUCUCUAUCUGUUCCCGCAAAACCUGUCCCAACAGGUCAACCAAUUUGAACGCCAACACGACUGGGAUCUGUUUCAUACACCCUAUUUGGGCAAACAUUACUUUUUUGUCCACACAAUACUGCAUCGGCCACGCAGUCGCGGUUAUGUACGCUUGCAAUCGGCCGAUCCGUUUGUCUAUCCGGCAGUCAAUGCCCGAUUUCUGGCCGACCCACUCGACUACGACGAUCUAUUCGAGUCAAUGAAGUAUAUGUUCUACUUUUUCGAGACCUCAUCCAUUGCCAAAUACAUGGAACCGAUGCAACCGAUACCCGGCUGUCAUUUCUGUCCGCACGGCUUCGUACACGAGUGCGACCAAUAUAUCCGCUGCGUUAUCGAACAACAGGCCGACUCUGGCUUUCAUUCGGUGGGUACCUGUCGUAUGGGUUCUGUGGACAGACAUGAUGUUGUAGUCGAUCCGCGGCUACGGGUUAAGGGUAUGGAUGGUCUGCGUGUAUGCGAUGCCUCUAUUAUGCCUCUCAUAACCAAUGGUAAUACCAAUGGACCGACACUUAUGAUUGGCGAAAAGUGUGCUCAAAUGGUCAGAGAGGACAACCAUCUAUAAUUUAAGGAACUGUAUGUGUGAUUUUUGUGUGAAUGUGUGUGUG